CCUGGCGUGUUUAUCUCGUGGAGACUUUCACUUCAGACUUCUGUCAACAUAUGGAGACAGCAGAAAGAUAACGCCAUGGCGUCGACCCUACGUUUUGGCUUACAAGACACACACAGGAGUGUCCGAAAACUCUUGAUUCAGUGCCCGAUCGGAGCUGGUGGAAGACCUUUCUCUAGUGCGACUUACAAAAGCGAACUUAAUUCCACAAUAGCUUCCCCUGACUUUAAAACAUCUGCAAAAACUUUGACAAGACAGGAGAAGCUUGGGAAGAACAACAUUCCCUUCUCAUCGUUCUUGACGGACAACUUUGGCCGGAGACACAAUUACUUACGUAUCUCCCUGACUGAGAAAUGCAACCUGCGCUGUCAGUACUGCAUGCCAGAGGAGGGUGUGAAACUUACACCACGAGGCCAGCUUCUGUCCACUGCAGAAGUACUGACGCUCGCUCGCCUCUUUGUCAAAGAGGGCGUGGAGAAGAUUCGUCUCACUGGAGGAGAGCCGCUCAUCAGACCUGAUGUGCUGGACAUCAUUGCUGAGUUGAGAAAAUUGGAAGGUCUGAAGAGCAUCGCGGUGACAACAAAUGGCAUGAACCUGGCCAAACUCUUGCCUCGACUCAAAGAUGCGGGCCUGGACCUGAUCAACAUCAGUUUGGAUUCACUCGUACCUGCCAAGUUUGAAUUCAUCGUCAGGCGAAAAGGUUUCCACAAGGUCAUGGAAGGCAUUGAUAAGGCCAUUGAAAUGGGCUACGACCCAGUCAAGGUCAACUGCGUGGUCAUGCGAGGCCUGAACGAAGACGAGCUGCUUGAUUUUGUUGCUUUGACAGAGAAGAAGCCUUUGGAAGUGCGCUUCAUCGAAUACAUGCCAUUUGAUGGCAACAAAUGGAACUUUAAAAAGAUGGUGAGCUACCAGGAGAUGUUGGAUCAUAUUAAGCAGCAGUGGGCCAACCUAGAAACGCUUCCAACCGGACACUCAGACACAGCAAAGACAUUCAAAGUGCCCGGCUUUAAAGGACAGCUCGGCUUCAUCACCUCCAUGUCGGAGCAUUUCUGCGGCUCGUGUAACCGCUUACGCAUCACCGCAGAUGGCAACCUCAAGGUGUGUUUGUUCGGUAACUCCGAAGUGUCCCUAAGAGAUGUUUUGCGCUCCGGAGCGUCAGAUGAAGAGUUGCUGCAAAUAAUCGGCGCUGCUGUGGGCAGGAAGAAGAAACAACAUGCUGGCAUGUUCAAUAUCUCCCAAAUGAAGAACAGACCUAUGAUCCUCAUCGGCAACAUACAGGCGGACACUAACUGCUGUUCAACAAAAGGCAUAAAUGGCAGUUUCAAUGAGAAGAAACAGAGAGCAGCCUUUAUCCAAGUACCACAGCACUUGUCUGACUUUAUCGGCGGUCAAACUGCCUCCCAUUCUCACCCUAACGCUGUGAGUUCCAACCCCCAGACAAAGAAUCUUAGACCCUUCCCCAGACACCUACUAAUGAAGGCCACAGUCAAGUGUACACAACAGAACGUUCAACAAUAUCACAGUAAGACUCCCAGCCAAGAGCUCCAGCACGCACAGUCCGCGAGUGAGACAGGUGACCCUCGCCUGGAUGGCACCCCAGAAGCCCAGCUGACCCACACAGAUGCUCAAGGCCGAGCAAGCAUGGUGGAUGUUGGCAGUAAGUCGCCGACGCGCCGAGCAGCCCAGGCCCGCGCCACCGUCCUGUUGAGCCCCGUCGCCUUCGGGCUGCUGCAGAAAAACCAGCUGGCUAAGGGCGACGCCUUGGCGGUAGCCCAGUUGGCCGGCAUCAUGGGCUCCAAACAGACAUCAGCCCUCAUCCCGCUCUGUCACCCGCUCCCGUUAGACCACACCUCGGUCACCCUGGAACUGGAGCAGCGGCGCAACGCUGUGGUGGUCACGGCAUGCUGUCGCACCACCGGCAGGACAGGGGUCGAGAUGGAGGCUUUGACUGCAGUUUCCAUAGCAGCGUUGACUAUUUAUGACAUGUGCAAGGCUGUGAGCCAUGACAUCACCAUUACUGACAUACAACUACUCAGUAAAACUGGGGGGAAGAGGGACUUUCUACCAAAUACAUGAUGAAACAUGUGAGAUUUGUUUCCUGUGAGGUCUUCCAUUAUGCAGCGACUCCUCGUUGACACUGGUCCUUAAAUUGACUGGACUUUAUUUUCCCUGUGUAAAAGCUCAAUUGAUUCUAGAUGUAAGAGUUUUUAAAAUAUGUAUUAAAUUUGUCAACCUGAAUAUUGUACAUUAUGUCUUUAACUACAAGAGAAAAAAUAUUAGAAACAUAUCUUAUACACCUGAAGCCUAAACCAACAAACUGGUUCAACAGAUUUGUGUUGCCGUCUUACACUCUGACCACUGGGUAGCGACAAAAGCUCCCAAAGAGCUUCUCUUCAUGCUUUCUUCAUUGCCAAUCAGCCUUCAAAGUGUUUGUUGAUUUGAUAAGUGCAUUAAAGCUUACAGAUCACA